AAGAACAAGGAGUCGACGAAUAAGACAUAUCAGACGUCGAUAGCAGUGCACUUCUCCCUGUCGAUAGGGGCACCUAACCUCACCGACGCCACCACAUGCAUACUACUACUACUACUACUACUACUACUACUACUACUACUAGCAGUGCUACUGCUGCCGCUGCUGCUGUUGCUGUUGUCUUUGCUGCUGUUGCUACUGCUGCUACUAUUACUACUGCUAGCUGUAGUAGAUGUUCCGUCUUAUAGUUACAAACUGAUGUGUUUCCCGCUGCUUCUAGUCGUUAGUUAUUCCGUAGCAAAUAUUGGAUACAAUACUCGCUGCUAAGGUACCGGUUUAUUCAUAUUAACCCUGAGAUAACAUCACACACUUCAUUCAAUGAUCUCUAACAUAAGCUAGAAUUUAGUAUAUGGACUACCUUUCUCUUUCUCAAUGUCUGAAUCUAUGAUGGAUCUCUUGAACUCACUGCAACUGCAACUCUACUUCUCCAUUUUUGAUCCAAGUUCCUUCAUCAUUUAAAAACAGCUAAACACAAAAUCUUCACUUAGCAGUAACAGUUACCGUUCAGAAUGAUAUCUGACCUUAAGGAAAAGAAUAUAUUUAAAAUGGGAGAACAACCCGACAUAACUACAACCCAACUCGGUGUAAAAUUUAUCAACAAAGUGAAGAAGAAACGUCCAUUGAAAAAACACAUCAAACCAAAAUAUGUGAAACGAUUGAGUUCGUUUGAGUUGGAAUAUUCCAAAUUAGGUGACAAGCUUCUUCCUGAAAAGAAGUUUAUCGAUUACAUUCUUGUUCACCCCGAGACAGAACUGGUUAACGGUAACGAGGAUUGUCGGCAGAAGUUUGAAUGCAAACUUUUAGAAGAAGGUUUUCACAUUGAUAAGGAAGUAAUCAAUGGCAAUGUAUACAAAAUUAUCCGAUGUUCGUUCAAAAGGCUGUGUGUCGAAGCUGAAAGGGUGCGGCUUCAAAUGCCGCUAAGUCAGGGUAAACUGGAAAAUUUUGAUGAUCAAAAUUGCUUAACGACUGCAUUGUACAAUUACUUUGCAACUGAUGAUACAGUUGAUUACGUGAGUGCACCAUUCAUCAUGGAAAAAAUUCAUUGGUUUUAUUGCUAUGAAGAUCCAUCCCAAUUCUUCCGCCCAGCACUUCGGUCACUUUUGACACAUCUUAUUUUAAUCAGUCUGGAUUAUAGAGAUGAGAAAAGCCAUUCAGAGAAAGACCAAUCAGAGAAGGACCAAUCAGAGAAAGAUUUAAGAGGUUUGCUUUAUUUACUAAAACAUGAAGUGUAUCAUGAUUCUUUUAUCCUGCAUGAUGACAUCGAUGAACUGGAACAGAAAACAGUUGAAAGUCAGAAAUCUUCAGAAGACAAAACAUCCAGUGAUACAAAAAGUGAAUCGUAUGGGCAUGUCUGUGAUUCUCGUCACACCAUUUCUAAAAGAUGGACAGUUUUCUGGAAGUUUCAACCGCUUUGGAAAAUUCGAAAUUAUUUUGGGGAGAAAAUAGCAUUCUAUUUUGCUUGGACUGGUAUGCUAAUGACUUCGCUAUGGUUUCCAACUUUAUUUGGAAUUUUUAUAUUUUGUUAUGGUCUGAACUUAAGGUGUUCUCAGACUGAUCUCUGUAUUGGCCUCACUAACAGCAGUGGUUUUUAUAACGAAACAUCAACAAUUGACCAGAUUAAAAGGACUAUGAAUGAUGUCCUACUGGUGAUCAGGGAAUCUUUUGAUAAUAAUAUAACCCCUUACUUUGCCUUAAUCAUCUGUUUGUGGGAAAUUCUACUAUUACCCAAUGUGGGAUCGAUUCUUCAAAUAUCUGUGCUCAGGGUGUGUUUGGUCGGAGCCAGCGUCAUUGGUGUGAUUGUGUACCGUGUUAUCAUGUCAAUCGAAUACAGUGACAAUGUGACAGAAAUCGAAGGCUUCAUGAUAACCACCAUUGCAUCAUCCUUCCUCAAUGCUGUUUCCAUUCUUCUGCUGGGAACUGUUUACACAAAGUUGGCCAACAAACUCACGUGUUGGGAAAACCAUCGGACCAAGUCUAGUUUUGAUGAUGCUCUCAUCAUCAAACUGUUUGCUUUCCAUUUUGUCAACUCUUACAGUUCAUGUUUUUACAUAGCAUUUAUUAGAGGGAGAUUUUUAGAGCAUGGCAUCAUGGGAAUGGGUGCAAGUUAUCAAGACAAGUGCGAGGGCAGCUGUAUGUCUCAGCUGUCCAUUCAGGUGAUGAUACUAAUGCUGACCAAACCAUUUCCUAAAUUCCUGAAGGAUGUCAUCAUACCGCAAGUAAUAAAGAUAUGGCGCCGAAUACAUGUAAAGGGUAAUUUUGAUUCAAAAGUCAACAAUAUUGAUGAUGGUGUCACUACUGAAGGGGAAAACAAAAAAGCUGCGUUGGAGACAUGGAUUCAAGAUGAAGAACGGAAACCUGUUCUUGGAGAUUUUACAUUAGAGGAAUUCACUGAGAAAACGAUUCAAUAUGGAUAUUUAAUGCUGUUUGCGGCAUCGUUUCCUUUGGCACCAUUAAUUGCUCUCAUAACUAACUUCAUCGAUGUGAGAGUUGAUGCAAACCGAUUAUUAUGGACUUAUAGAAGACCUUUAGCAUUCAUAUCUCAGGAUAUUGGUAUGUGGUACCCAAUUCUUAGAUUUAUCAAUACUGUUGGUGUUAUAAGUAACGCAUUCCUUAUUGCCUUCACAUCCCAUUGGUCUGAGACAUUUAGUCUCUCUAAACGGCUCUGGGUUGUCAUCGGAUUUGAGCACAUUGUGUAUGGUGUGAAGCUGCUUAUAGAAAUAAUGAUUCCAGACACAACAGCCUAUGUGAAAAUGGUCAGGAGACAGAAUAAAAUGAAAGUUUCAGAAAGAUUAAAAUGCGAAACAAAAGACUAUCACAAUAUUGUACCCCAAGAUUCUCACAGAUCCUGGUUUGACUGCAAUGGACAACUGAAGGCAUUCAAAGAACCAAUUCUUGAAGAACCACCAGAAAAAAGGAAUUCCUGUUCUGUGGAGGAUGAGACUUCUUCUCCCAUAGAAUUAUCCCACAGCACGUCGUGUAAUUUAUCGACUCAGAAACAACAUCGACUGAAGAGAAAAAGCUUACAUGCCACAGAAAUGUUGAAUAAACAAAAGAAGGGUUCUGUAGCAGAUGAUGAAGAUGAUGGAGAUUCUGAUAGUGCCGCUGCUAAAACCCGUGAUCGUAUUAUUAACCGAAACCGUCCACAUUCUUUGGCAACUGCUGGGUCAAUAUCUUUGAGUCUUGGUAAUCAUCCUGCAAGUAAUUUAUAACAUCAGAUGCUUGUUCAAUAAUACCAACAACAACAACAACAACAAAGAAUGAUCAUUUCUCAGACGAUCCCUGAAACAUGAUGUCACUCAUUGAAAUGAAACAAACAAAAAUUUAUAUUUAUGAACAAAUCGUUUUUUUCCUCCACUGGUCCAUUUCCAGCUUUGGAUUUCAACCCUUUGAUGAUUCUCUUAGACUACUGGAAUGCAUUAAAAUGUCUUAUUUUUUCAUUAUUUUAUAUUUUAUUACUAAAAAAAAAAACCCAUUUAAUAGAUUCAUUCUUUCACUGUUGACUCUGUUUAAAUUUCACACACUUCAAUAUUUGUAUUUAUGGCCACAGCCUUAGGGCUGAAACAUAUAAAAGAAUAUAAUUGAGUGUAGCCAACAAGUAACAUGUGUAUAUGUUGUUGUUUGGGAAGAUUCACUAAUAUAGAAUGGACUAAAAAUGUGCGCAGACACAUACGAAUACAAACAUAAGAGAACAAACAAGAAAAAAAAUGUAACUUAUUUGAAGAACAAUUAGAAUUUGUUUCACAAGUUAUGACCUAACUGGGAAACCAUAAUUCCAUCUGUAGAUGAAUUGAUCUUAUUCUUUGUUUUACAACAAAACAAAAAGCAUUUGAUUAAUCCGGAAAAUGUCACCAAUGCAUUUUGAGCUAAACUUAAAGCUAUAUUUGUGGGUUUACCACCAGUGAAACUCAGGAAUAGUCUAAGAACAGUAACAAUGUUCAAAUCAUAUUUGUUGUUUCCAUUUCCAAAGUUCAUUUCAAUUCUUCAGGGCAUAUCGUUACUAAAUGCAAAAUUUACCUCAGAGGGAAAAGAUAAAAAUAAAACUCCGAGGUAUCAAACGAGGCUA